AUGGCCACUGUCCGACAUGGCUGGCAUCCGGGCGAGGUUGCAGUGCAGCAGAAGCUUGGCUACGCCGACGCGGUGCGCCAGGCGUGGAGCAUCGUCGAGACUGCCAUGCGCGAGCAGCACCGCGUCUUCCACACAGGCAACCUGCCCUUUAUCCCCAUGACGACCGUCGACGACUCCGGCCGGCCCUGGGCCUCCCUGGUCGCCGGCCCGGGGGGCGAGAUUGGCUUCGUCGGAAGCCCCGACGCCAACUUGCUCACCGUCACGGCGCAGCUCUGGGACGGAGACCCGCUCCUCGACACGGUCCGGGCCUGGCUCGAUGCCAAGGGCCGGCAGACGGCCCCGCACGAAAGGUUCCUCACGGCCGGCCUUGGCAUCGAGUUCCCAACGAGGCGGCGCAACAAGUUUGCUGGGGCGAUCCGCGGGGUGACGCGGCGGACCGAUGUCGAGUACGAGCUGGCCCUCGAGGUGACCGAGGCCCUGGGCAACUGCCCCAAGUACAUCAAUACGCGCACGCUUGUGCCGCACCGAGACGCGCAUCCGGCCGUCGUGUACCGCCAGCCGCUGAUGGAUCCCGGUGCUCGGCUGCCGGACGAGCUGGUGCGGUUUAUCACGAGCGCCGACACCGUCUUCGUCGGAACCGUCUACCGGGCGACGGCAGCCGCGGCGGCGUGGCACCCGUCGCACGCGGGCAUCAACGCCCGGAGCGGGCUGCCCGGCUUCAUCCGCGUCAGCCCGACUGACGGGCGCUCCGUCGUCGUCCCUGAAUACUCGGGCAACCGCCUCAUGUCGAGCCUCGGCAACAUCGAGGCUAGCCGGCUGGCGGCGCUGACCAUUGUCUCCUUUACCGCCGGCGACGUGCUCUACCUCAGCGGCGACGCCGAGGUGCUGGUCGGCCCUGGCGCACGCGAUGUGAUGCCGCGCCAAGGCUGUGUCGUGUGCGUCAAGACGACAGGCUACGUCUUUGUGCGCGACGCCCUGCCCGUACGCCAGAAACCGGGCACCGCCGUCGGCCGCAGCCCAUACAGCCCUAGAGUCAAGUAUUUGUACAACGAGCCCGAGGCCGGUGGUUCCGGGACCUGGGCCGAGGGCCGCCGGGUGCGGCUGGUCGGCGCCGUCCCGUGGGCGCGCGACAUUGCAACGUUCCGGUUCCGUGUCGAGGGAGGCGCCCGAGGACUGCAGAUCCGCCCUGGCCAGGCCGUGGUGCUGGACUUUAUGGACUUCAUCGGGCCGCCAGGCUAUGCGCACAUGGCGAACCAGGCGCCGGGGUCUAUCAACGACGACCGCGUCCGCACGUGGACAGUGUCGAGCGCCCACACUGACGACGUAGCUGCAUGGCUAGAACUUACAAUGCGCGAGGUCAAGGGCGGCAUCGUGACAGGCGCCCUCUUCCGCCUCUUGCCGGAGCUCGCCGCCGCCGGGCCCGGGGUCGGGUUCGUGCCGCUCCAAGUCCCUGUUGUGGCCGACGUCGUCGGGGUCACGGGCGACUUUUGCCUGGCCCCUCCCGGAACCAAGAUGCUGUUCGUGGCGGGGGGCAUUGGCGUGACGCCCUUCCUGGCCAUGCUCAAGGCACUGACGCAGCGCGGAGAGGGCGACGUCGUGCUGGCGCUCGCCACGCGGGAACCCGACGUCAUGCUCGGGCUGCUCAACGAGUCGCUCACCGCCGCGCAAACGGGGCUCACGGCCUGCCGUGUCAAAGUUCACCUGGACCUGUUCAUUAGCCAGGGCCGCGGCGGGACUCAGCCAAGACCCGCCGGCUACACGGUGACGGUGCACCGAUGCCGGAUCCCGUUCGAGUACUGGACGGCCGUGGAGGCCCAAGAUCGCCAAGUCUUCAUCUGCGGCCCGGACGAUUUCGCAAACGCUGCCGAGCAUGGGCUGGCGGCUGCGGGUGUGGCAAGCAGCAAGAUUGCAAGGGAGGGUUUCUACUAA